AGGGGGGCGGAGCAGGGGAGGGGGCAAGACCGGAGGGAAAGGGAAAGAAGCAGAAAGGAGGAGAGGAGAAACAGCAAGGCGGGGGAGGGCGGAGAGACACGGCCUGAGAAAGGCCCCUGCGAGCCGGGGACGGCCGCGCGCGGGGGGAGGCGCGGAUGGGCAGCGCAGAGCCGGGGAGGAGCACACGGAAGCUGCAGGAGAUGGGGACCAGGUGAGGCCGAGGGCGAGCGGGCCGGACCGGGAGAGAGGACUGGGAAGAUGGAGCUGGAGCGGGAGACGGCGGGAGCGAGACCGCCGGAGCCCUGGACCGAGGCGGAGGUUCUCAGGUGCACAGACUCAGCCCCGGGCUGGGGAGGGCGGGCGUUGGGCCCUCAAGCCUGGAAGGCCUGGCCCCUCCCACUCCUGCCCCCGCCACCCCACCCCACCCCAGCCUACGGCUGGCUGGGGCUCAGCCUUCCCACCUGCGAAAUGGGGGUGCCGAUGGCACCUCGCGCUCCGCCGGAGAGAUGACACAGGCCUGGGGCGGCAUCCGCAGAUGUCAGUGUGGUACUUGAUGAGAGGCCAAAAGCAGGGGUGUGAGAGGAGCAGAUACCCAGACAGGCUUUCACGGGUUUAUAGCCCCUGGGCGGCCUCCGCCCCGCUCCUGGAUUUCCGAUUAUCUGACAGGUAGGGUCAGGGAGGGAGCUGGCACAAGUGGCCAAACUCUGAAACUGAUGAGGUUCCCUCGGCCCCGGGAUCCAGGAAGCCGGGCUGCGUCUUCUCCAAAGGAGGCAGGCCUGGCUGGAUUCCCGGGACUGAGGGAGGGGCCGGGGGCCUGGCCUCCUGGGUCCCCUGGGGAGAAAAGGGGCUUGAGGACUCGGACUUUUGAAUCUCAGGGAGCAGUGGGGGCUAGAGGGCCUGGAUUCCGGGGACCUUCGGGGAGGAAGGGACCGAGAGACUGACUCCUGGGUUCCUUGGGGAGGAGGGGGCCGGGGGCCCGGAUUCCUGGGUCCUGGCACCCACCCGUAGAACCGACCUUGCGGGGCCUUCGCCGCACACAAGCUCGUGUCUGUGGGUCCGUGUCGGGGGCUCACCAUCGCGGCUGGGGCCUCCCCCGGCCCUCCCCGCCCUCCCUGGCCCCGUCUGUCCGUCCAUCCGUCUGUCUGUCCACCUGCCGCGCCCCCCGGGCUGAGGUAGGAGGUUGUAUAGUUGAGGAGGACACCCAAGGAGAUCACUAUACGGCCUCCUAGCUUUCCCCAGGCUGCGCCCUGCACGGGACGGCCCGGUGGGGACCCCUGGACCCUGGUCCCAUGCCCCACCUGGCCAGGCUGGGGAGGGGGGUGCUGCCGCAGGGACCCUGGGAGAGAAGCGGGGCUGUCCCUCCUGUCCUUGUCCCUUUCCUUUCUCCCCUUUCCUUCAGAGAGUUUCUCUCCCAUCCAGAAAUCUCUGCUUGGCUUUCUCUGUCUCUCCAUCUCCACUGGGUCUCUGUGCAGCGGCCUCUGAAACUCUUGUCUCCAUUAGUCUCAUGGUGCUUUCUGGAUCUCUGGCCUCCCGGUGUCUCCCUGUGGCCCAGUUUCUGUCUUUUGGGCCCUCACGGUGUCUCUGUGCCAUGUUCAUUUCCCCGGCACCACCUGCCCCCCACCCCAGGGCCUGGCAGGCCCCCACACACACACAUCGCACUGCCGGCCUCUGCGUCCCUGAGACCCUUUAACCUGUGAGGACGUCCAGGGUCACAGGUGAGGUUCUUGGGAGCCUGGCGUCCGGCCCAACCACCAGCCUGGGGCUUGCCGGCCCGACCCCCUGUCCCCUUCCUCCCUGAAAACCCCCACAGGGGGAGCCUGACAUUGGAUUGGUGACUGAGACCUGACCUCUGACCCCUGCAUCUUGAGCCCCUCCCCCGCACCACAGUGACCUCACAAAAGUCACCAGCUUCUCCCCCAGGCCGAGACCCUCCGCCAUGGCCUGGCUGGCCCCUUGGAGCACCGUCCUGCCCUCCCUGGCAGCCUUCGCUGUCUUUGGGGCUUCGGCCCGGGCCUGUCUCCUUUGCUUCACGUCUUACGAGGAGCGUCUCCAGAUUUGCCAGAUCUUCGCCGGCCUGGACAGCCCUGACCUCGGAAAGUGUGAGGAGGCCUUCGCAGACGCCUUUAAGGGGCUGCUGGACACUGAGAUCAGUGAGGAGAUCAUCCCCUGCUCCCCAGCAUCCUCCCGGGGUGGGGGCGCCCCCGGGGUAGGUGGAGGGAGGGACCCAAGAGGUCUGGAGAGACUGAGAGGGAUGAGAUGCAGAGAUGGGAGAAUGGAGACAUGGGGAGCAGAGAUCGGAGACAGAGGGAUGACCACCUCAGGGAUGUGGUGCCAGGGGAAGCAGUUUUCCCCCAGCCCCUGCCUCCCACUGCCAGACUACGAGGAGAGGGGCCAGCUGCACGAUGCCUUCACCCAGAUGACCCACUCCCUCCAGGAGAUGGCCACUGCCCAGGGGUCCUUUCGGGUUGCCUUUCUUCAUGCCGCGGAGAAAAUGCAGAAGAUUAUAUUGCAGCUUAAGGAAGUGCAGGUCUGCAUUCCUCCCUGCGGACUCCAGGAGGUCACUCGGCGUUUUCGCUGCCGUGGAUGCUACUCCAAGGUCUGCGACCUCCCGCUUGACUGCCCAGUUCAGGACCUGACGGUGACUCGGGGUCGUCAGGCCAUGUUCUCUUGCACUGUGAACUUCCAGCUGCCUAAGGAAGAGAUCACCUAUUCCUGGAAGUUCGCAGGAGCUCCGGACUCAAGAUCCAACCUACUUCCGAGAUAUUCCGCGGGCCCAAGGUUACCUGGCGCGGAUCCGGCCGGUGCAGCCCACGCACCGCGGGACCUUCUCUUGCGUGAUCACGCACGACCAGCGCCCCCUGGCGCGGCUCUACUUCUUUCUUAACGUGACGGGCCCGCCGCCGCGCGGGGAGACUGAGCUCCAGGUCUCUUUUCGGGAAGUGUUACGCUGGGUGCCGCAGGAGGCGGAGAUGAUCGAACCCUGGAGGCCCAGCCUGGGCGAGCUGCUGGCCAGGCCCGAGGCUCUGACA